CACGCCAAACACGCUACCCCAAAUUUGUAAAAAGUAAUUUAAUUUUAAUAAUAAACCAUCCAACUCCACUGCCGCCGCCGCCACAACCACCACCACCACCACCACCACCGGCUGGUCUUCUGAAGAAGCGGAAGAAGGCACAUAAAGAAUUCAAACUAUCUAUUUUUUGAGCUGCUGCUGAGCUUUUCGAUCUCUCUCUUUCUCAAUGAACCCUUAUACUCCACACCCUAAUCACCUUCCCUUCCCAUAUCCCUCCCAAAACUCUAAUCCUAACCCUAACUUCCUACUCCACCCCUUCCUCCCCUCACAACCGCCAUCAAAACCACCUCAAGUUCCUCCACCUACCACCACCACAACAACCACCCCUAUUCUUGAUCUUUCCACCACGCUCUCCACUCUCACCAACCUCCUCUCUCUCACACACCAAACCCUCACUUCCCUCUCUCCACAAAUUACCCUUUCAAAACCCCAAAAUGCCAACUUUAUCCCCUGCCCUUUCAAUCGUCACCACCUUAUGCCACCAGAAUCCCUCUUCCUCCACUCUCUUAACUGCCCAGUUCCUCUCUUUCAAAACCCAUCUUCCCCUUUUGAUUAUCUUCACUACCCCAAUACACUUAACCCUCAAGACCCACAUAAAGAUUCAAACUUUAGUCAAUCAAUACAAGACCCUAAUGAAACUGAACUUUGUUUCUCGUUAGAUAGCUAUUACAAUCAGUUUAGUUCACAUUUCUCUUACAAUGACUGCCCUGGUGCUGUUAACUUGAAUGAUUUAGAUAGCUCAAAAAGAAUUUUUACAUUACCUGGUGUUCUGUUAAUUGAAUGUGUGAAUUUUGGGGUUAGUGGGGAGAGCGAGCGAGAUGGUUUUGAUAAAAAUGGGUUUAGAGUUUUGCCAUCUGAGUUGUGGGCAAUAAGGAGGGAGAUAGAGGGUUGGAUUGAUUAUCCGAGUGUGUAUUCGGAUAGUGUGUUUUGCUCGAUUUUGAGGUUGGAUUUGAUUAAAGGGAGUGAUUUGAGGAGUUGGAUUAUUGCUAAUUCUCCACGAUAUGGUGUGGUGAUUGAUGUUUAUAUGAGGGAUCAUAUAUGUGUUCUUUUUAGGCUUUGUUUGAAGGCUAUUAGAAAGGAAGGUUUGAGCUCUGUGAGUUGUGAGAUGAAUGUGAAAUCUUUGAAGUGUCCAAUUUUGGUUCAAGUUUUGACGUGGAUUGCAUCUCAGCUUUCUGUUUUGUAUGGUGAAGUGAAUGCAAAGUGUUUUGCCAUUCAUGUUUUGAAGCAGUGUCUAUUAGACGCUGCUAAUGAGGUGUUGUUUCUGUUGGACCCUUGUUUGAAAGAAAGUCUGAGGGAUUUAGAUGCUUAUGAGAGUGAAAUAAAGGAUAGCAAACUUGAAGAGCCUCGAAAAGGAAGUAGAGAGUGUAAAAUAAUAAAAGCAGUGGAUGAAGGUGAUGAUGGAGUAAUUUUUGUGUCCCAAGUGGCAGCUGCAGUCGCUGCAUUGCAUGAAAGGUCUAUACUAGAAGCAAAAAUCAAGCUAUUACGGGUUCCUCAACAACUACCAAGAUAUCAGCGGAUGGCUGAGCAUUCUUUUGCCUCAAAAAGAGCUGAUGAUGAGAGAAGUAAACGUCCUCAAUACAAAGCUAUUAUUGAGCAUGAUGGCCUUCCUCGAAAGCAAUUAUCUAACCAGGAAUCAAACAAAUCAAAGACAAGAGAGGAGUUAUUGGCUGAAGAAAGGGAUUAUAAACGUCGAAGAAUGUCAUACCGUGGAAAGAAGUUGAAACGAACAACUUUACAGGUGAUGAGGGAUAUAAUUGACGGAUACAUGGAGGAAAUCAAGCUAGCUGGAGGAAUAGGCCGCUUUGAGAAGGGAACUGAAGAGGAAGAGAUGUCUCCUAAUCCUCCUUCUGCCCCUGAUGUUACUGUGAAUGAACUAAGAAAAGUCAAUAGCCAUUCUUCUGAAGCAACAAGAACUACUUCGAACCACUACCAGAAGGAAUCAUACCCCGCCCACAAUUCUAGAUCUAAAACCUCGAAGGAUGUGUUGCCUCAAGAUUAUGAGCAACAAGGACGAAGCAAUCACGGUCACCAUGAAAAGCUGGAAUAUCGGAGAAGUGCCAACCAAGACAGACAUGGAAGAGAGUACAGCAGAAGUCCAGAAAGACACAGAAGUCAUGCCCGAUCACAUGAGCGGAGUGGUCACCAAAGAGGACGAGAUGAAACUAAAUUGACUAGAUCCAAGGAUCAUGAGAAACGGUCUUCUAGCAAGUCCUAUCAUGAUUACAAGUCGUUGAAUUCUGGACUAGAAUCUGCAGAUGGUAUGCAAAGGGAUGAUCGGAAGUUAGAUGUAAGAGAUGGGCAUCUAAGAAAUGCAUAUGGCAAUCAUGGUUCUAAUUCUGUGGCACGAAAUGCAUUUGAGGAUAGAUAUGAUCCUACAGGAUCUUAUGACAUGCAUGAGGAUGAUGUUUACACUAGCAUUACAUAUGCCAGGGAAGAUGUUCAUGAUUGAUCUAGCAGGUGCAGUGCAAAAAGGCAAUUAAGCAGAUUACCUUGAUAAAUUCUCACUUCAGAAUGUGAGUAGGAAGUCAUCAGGCUUCAGCAAGUUAUCUGCAUCUGUAUCCUCCGUUGUAUCCUUGACUGUUUUAUUUUCUAUACUGUUAAGGUCCUUACUGUCUAGGCAGUGAUUUCAUUAUCCUCCUACUGCCCAUACAAUGCCAGUACUUUUUUCCAAUAUAUGAUGGAAUAAGUAGUGGUCACAUUUGAGUGAAAAAAUAAUGUCUCGGUUAUUUACAUAGUGAAAGAGGAAAUAAGAUUGUACAGGAACAUUCUAGCAGAACAUGCCUUAUUGCAGCUUGUAACUGUUCUGUUAUUUAUACUGUAUAUAAAAUCUGAAGUAUAUCAUAUGUGAUUUUGUUGUGUUGACAUCAGUACCUUUGUGGAUUAAUAAAAUAUGCAAAUUCUUGGCAAUCCAUGCUUUGAUGGUAAGGUCAUUGGUUACCAUGGAAGAACUGGUAAAUAACCCAAAUCGGCAGGGUUUACAGGUUUGCUUAGAAUGGUUACCUGUUUAUGAUUUUGUUUUUCUAGGUAAAAGCUGAUACUUAUUGUUUAUGGGUCUUUUUUAUUGCAUACAAUAUGUAUGGAUAAUUUAUUAAUUUGAAUGUUCUUAUAGCUCACGUUGCUUCUUGUAGAUUGCAAAAGAAGACCAGCUUUUUCCAGAGAAUAUUUGAAGUUUGUUUGGCUCCUUUUCUCAUGGUGGUCUUUCAUGGCAAGAAGGUUGAUGAUGAAGCAAAGUGAUUUCUUCAGCAGGCUAGCACUUGGAUAUUCACCUUAGAUUCUUCCUCUAUUGUCCCUUUUCUGUUACUGUAUUUCUGGAGUGUGAAGAGAUGAUAAUACUAAUAGUUUUUAUGAAAUAACAGCAUUUUCAUGUAAA